ACAGCCGAAAAUGGCGGACGAGGAGCAGCAAGUGCAGCAACUAGAGAUACUAUGUACACGGCUGUACGAAUCUACAGAUCCACUGCAGAGGGCAGAAGCAGAAAAAACACUGGUUCAGUUUCAAAAUGCUCCUGAUACUUUGAACAAAUGUCAGCUACUCCUUCAGAGAGCUGACUCUCCAUACUCACAGCUGCUUGCUGCCACAACCCUGACAAAGCUGGUGACCAGAAAUGUGCAGUCCAUCUCUCUUCAGCAAAGAAUUGACAUGAGGAACUACAUUUUAAACUAUCUGGCGACCCGGCCCAAGAUGGAGAACUUCGUGGUGCAGGCUCUCGUCACACUGUUCGGGCGUCUGACCAAGCUCGGCUGGUUCGAUGCCGCCAAGGACGACUUCGUGUUCAGAAACGUCAUCGAAGAUGUCUCCGUGUUUCUUCAGGGAUCGGUGGAGCACUGCAUGAUCGGCGUCCAGCUGCUCUCCCAGCUGACGGUCGAGAUGAACACGCUGACCGACCCGGACGCCAUCCGCUCCCUGAACCGGCACCGCAAGACGGCCGCCUCGUUCCGCGACACGUGCCUCUACGAGGUGUUCCAGCUCAGCUGCACCCUGCUCCGCACCGCGCUCGAGAACUGCAAGAACCUCGACUUCAGCGACUCGGCGCAGCACGGCCUGAUGACGCAGCUACUGCGGCUGUCGCAGAACUGCCUCAUGUUCGACUUCAUCGGCACGUCCACGGACGAGUCGUCGGACGACUUGUGCACGGUGCAGAUCCCCACUGCGUGGCGGCCGGCCUUCCGCGACGCCGCUACACUCAGGCUGUUCUUCGAUCUCUACGCCGCGCUGCCCUUCUCCCUGUCUUCGCUAGCGUUGUCGUGUUUAGUGCAAAUCGCUUCCGUGCGACGGUCGUUAUUCAAUAAUCAAGAGCGUGCAAAAUUUCUCAACCAUCUAGUACAAGGCGUCAAAAACGUCCUGCUUAACCCGCAGGGCCUGACGGACGCCAACAACUACCACGAGUUCUGCCGGCUAUUGGCGCGGCUUAAGUCCAACUACCAGCUGGGCGAGCUGGUCAUGGUGGACAACUACCCGGAGGUGAUCCGCGUGGUGGCCAAGUUCACUGUGGAGAGUCUGCAGAUGUGGCAGUUCGCGCCCAACAGCGUGCACUACCUGCUGAGCCUGUGGCAGCGCAUGGUGGCGUCGGUGCCGUACGUGAAGGCGUCGGAGCCGCACCUGCUGGACACCUACACGCCCGAGGUGACCAAGGCGUACAUCACCUCCCGGCUGGAGGCAGCCGCCGUUGUGGUCAGGGACGGCCUGGAGGACCCGCUGGACGACCUGGGCAUGGUGCAGCAGCAGCUGGACCAGAUCAGCACCAUCGCCCGCUGCGAGUACAAGAAGACCUGCCGCCUGCUGGUCAGCCUGUUCGACGAGACGGCGCAGGCCUACCAGCAGGCCCUCAACGUUUCCAACCGGCUGGAGAUCGCCAUCAAGGAGGGUCAGCUGACUCGGCUCGUGUACAUCAUCGGCUCGGCGGUGGGGGGUAGGGUCAGCUUCAACACCAACGACGAGCACGACAGCAUGGACGGCGAGCUCAUCUGCAGGGUACUUCAGCUGAUGAACCUGACCGACUCGCGGCUGAACCAGGGCGGCUGCGAGAAGCUCGAGCUGGCCACCAUCAGCUUCUUCGAACAGUUCAGGAAGAUAUACGUGGGGGAUCAGGUGCAGAAGACGGCCAAGGUGUACAGCCGCCUCUCCGAGGUGCUGGGUCUCAGCGACGAGGCCACUGUUCUCAGCGUGUUCAUGCGCAAAAUAAUCACGAACCUGAAGUACUGGGGCGGCAGCGAGCAGAUCACGUCACGGACGCUGAUGCUGCUGAACGACCUGUCGGUCGGCUACAGCAGCGUGCGCAAGCUAGUCAAGCUGGAGGAGGUGCAGUUCCUACUCAACAACCACACGAGUGACCACUUCCCGUUUCUGGGCGGCGGCGUGGCCGUCAAGGAGAUGAAAUGUCGCACCAUGUUCUACACGUCGCUGGGCCGGCUGCUAAUGGUGGAUCUGGGCGAGGACGACGACAAGUUCCAGACGUUCAUGCAGCCGUUAACGGCCGCCUGCGACGCCAUCGGCACGCUCAUGUCCAGCGAGGCCAACAUGUUCCAGGGCGAGGAGACCAAGAAGGCGCUGAUCGGGCUGGCGCGGGACCUGCGCGGCCUGGUGUUCGCCUUCAACACCAAGGCGUCGUACAUGAUGCUGUUCGACUGGAUCUACCCGGCGUACACGCCAAUCCUGCACCGGGCCGUCGAGCUGUGGUACACCGAGCCGCUGCUGACUACGCCCGUGCUGAAGCUGUUCGCCGAGCUGGUACAGAACCGCUCUCAGCGGCUCCAGUUCGACGUCAGCUCGCCGAACGGCAUCCUGCUCUUCCGCGAGAUGUCCAAGCUGCUCUGCACAUACGGGGAGAGAAUACUGACCAUUCCGGAGCUGUCCAAGGACCAAGUGUAUCCACUCCGGCUGAAGGGCAUCUGCAUCUGUUUCUCCAUGCUGAAGUCUGCGUUGUGCGGCAACUACGUGAACUUCGGCGGCUUCCGGCUGUACGGCGACGAGGCGCUGGACAACGCGUUGCGAACGUUUGUCAAGCUCCUCCUCUCCGUGCCGCACAGCGAUCUCCUGGACUACCCGAAGCUGUCGCAGUCCUACUACGUGCUGCUGGAGUGUCUGUGCCAGGACCACAUGGCGUUCCUCUCGUCGCUCGAGCCGCCGGUGUUCCUCUACAUCUUCGCGUCCAUCUCGGAGGGCCUGCAGGCGCUAGACACGAUGGUGUGCACCGGCUGCUGCGCCACGCUCGACCAUAUAGUCACCUUCACGUUCAAACAGCUGGCUCUCAAAGGCAAGAAGAAGUCUGCGCACAACGCCAGCGGCCAGGCCAUCCUGCAGAUUCUGGAGUUGCACCCGGAGAUCUUGCAGCGGCUGCUGGCCACCGUGCUCAACAUUAUCAUGUACGAGGACUGCCGCAACCAGUGGUCCAUGUCGCGACCGCUGCUGGGCCUCAUCCUGCUGAACGAGGAGUACUUCGCCAGCUUACGGGAGCAGAUGAUCGCGAGCUACCCUCCGGACCGCCAGACGGCGAUCCGGGCCGCCUUCGAUUCGCUGAUGGACGGCAUCGAGCGCAACCUGCUCACCAAAAACCGGGACAGGUUCACGCAGAACCUGACCACCUUCCGGCGGGACGUGAACGACCCGUCGAGGAGCCCGACGGGCCAGGGCGGCCCGGCCGGCCCCGGCUUCGGCGACUCGGCCAUGAUGACGUAGCGCCGCCGGUCGGCGUCGGCGGACGGCCGACGGCCGGGACCACGCCGCCACGGCCAGACAGUCUUUCCAGGCGGGGGCGGGCCGCGCCGCCGCCGCUGCUCGCCGCCCCUCUAGCGCCGCUCGCGUUUUGUACGGGUGCCGACCGCGGCGGCCCGCAGCGUGACCGGAAUCAAUACAUGUGA